UUGUUACCGGUGCUCAUUCAAGUGAAGGGUUGGAGACUACGAGAGAAACUGAGCUGAGCACGACCGAACGCACUCCCACUUCACCUCGGAGUAGCCUGCAUCCAACAGGUGAAUCAUCUUCCCAGACCACUCUGGCAGACACGGGAAUGAUGUCUUCAACUGCAACCGACCGUCAAUCAGCGGAAGAGUCCACGGCCACCAUGGCUAGUGAACUAAGAACCACCACGGAAACUCCCACUGUUCCUUCCAGCACUCAGAAUCCAAGCAGUGAAUCCAUUCCCUACACAACCUCAGAGACCACAAGGGUGUCUUCAGUUGUUACCGGUGCUCAUUCAAGUGAAGGGUUGGAGACUACGAGAGAAACUGAGCUGAGCACGAGCCAAGCCACUACCACUUCACCUCGGAGUAGCCUGCGCCCAACAGGUGAAGCAUCUACCCAGACCACUCUGGCAGACACGGGAACAAUGUUUUCUACUGCCACCGACCGUCAAUCAGCGGAAGACUCCACGGCCACCAUGGCUAGUGAACUAAGAACCACCACGGAAACUCCCACUGUUCCUUCCAGCACUCAGAGUCCAAGCAGUGAAUCCAUUCCCCACACAACCUCAGGGACCACAAGGGCGUCUUCAGUUGUUACCGGUGCUCAUUCAAGUGAAGGGUUGGAGACUACGAGAGAAACUGAGCUGAGCACGAGCCAAGGCACUCCCACUUCACCUCGGAGUAGCCUGCGCCCAACAGGUGAAUCAUCUUCCCAGACCACUCUGGCAGACACAAGAAUGAUGUCUUCAACUGCAACCGACCGUCAAUCAGCGGAAGAGUCCACGGCCACCAUGGCUAGUGAACUAAGAACCACCACGGAAACUCCCACUGUUCCUUCCAGCACUCAGAGUCCAAGCAGUGAAUCCAUUCCCCACACAACCUCAGGGACCACAAGGGCGUCUACAGUUGUUACCGGUGCUCAUUCUAGUGAAGGGUUGGAGACUACGAGAGAAACUGAGCUGAGCACGAGCCAAGGCACUCCCACUUCACCUCGGAGUAGCCUGCGCCCAACAGGUGAAUCAUCUUCCCAGACCACUCUGGCAGACACGGGAAUGAUGUCUUCAACUGCAACCGACCGUCAAUCAGCGGAAGAGUCCACGGCCACCAUGGCUAGUGAACUAAGAACCACCACGGAAACUCCCACUGUUCCUUCCAGCACUCAGAGUCCAAGCAGUGAAUCCAUUCCCCACACAACCUCAGGGACCACAAGGGCGUCUACAGUUGUUACCGGUGCUCAUUCAAGUGAAGGGUUGGAGACUACGAGAGAAACUGAGCUGAGCACGAGCCAAGGCACUCCCACUUCACCCCGGAGUAGCCUGCGCCCAACAGGCCUAUCGUCUUCCACGAUCACUGUUGAAGAAGUUGUUCGCCCUCAUACAAUUGGCCAUCAGGGAGGCAGGCACGAAAACACCCCAGGACCCUUUCGCUCUUCAUCGGUUACCCCGUUCUCGGUUGGUACCCCAAGACCCAUCAGUACAACCG